AUGGCUAGAUCCCCGUUCCUAAUUUCGAAGCGCAUCAAGAACCUCCCAAACACCACACAAGAAUUCUACCAAGUAUUAGUCGAUGAGUGCCGCGAUGUGUACUAUCCAGAAGAGCAAAAGGUCAUCGGUUAUUUUCUCGCUUGGCUUGCCCACUGUCAAGAGGAUACUGUGCCACUGAGUCUUGGUGCGGCGCAAGUCCUCUUAAAGCAUGCGAUUAAGCUAGCAGGUUUGACCUCGAGUCUCAGGAUUGAAGAUCAGGUUUCUGGGAGAUUAUCACGGCAUGUGUAUCUCUGGACUACGUCGUGA